GGCGAGCGGAAAGCCGGACGUUGCUGCUGCUGUUGUUGUUGGUUGCUGGUUGUGCAGUGUGGCUGGUGCUGACGACGACCUUGGAGGGCAGUGAGGAGGCACACAAAGCGAAGGCAAGGGCGCAGACACACGUACGCGUCCUCACAAGGGGGCAGGGAGAGAGGGGUUGCACGAUGAGCCGCUGGUCCUUGCCAGAGCGCUGGCUGCUUUGCCCUCGCUUGGGCACCGUCGUCGCAGACGAUGUUAAGUUUGUGCCGAUGAAGACCAUGCUGGAUUCGCGGUACGACAGCCAGAUUCCAGAAGAAUACAGAUGGACGCCAGAGAUGUUGGCUGCUCGCCACCCAAAUCUGGGCAUGGUGAUUGACUUGACAAAGAGCAGUCGAUACUACGAUCCUCGCUUGCUUCCAAAACACAUCCUCCACCACAAGAUCCAGUGUGCAGGGCGAGGGUCUACGCCAACACCACAGCAGGUGUCCACGUUCAUCGCCGUCUGCAACAUGUUCUGGGCCAAACACCCAGACAAGGUCAUCGGCGUGCACUGUACGCACGGCUUCAACCGCACCGGGUUUAUGAUCAUUGCGUACAUGUGCCAGCAGCUCGACUACCAGACGGAGAUGGCAAUGCACCUCUUCAAACAGUCCCGCCCGCCAGGCAUCUACAAGAACCACUACAUUGAAGAUAUCUUUGCACGAUUCGAUGGGGAUUCAAGCGGUUUCCUCCCCGCCGUCCUGCCAGACUGGUCCCUCCCAAACGCAGAGCUGCACAUGCACCUGACUGCUGCCAUUGAUCUUCUCCGCUCAACGCCGCCGCCAAUCACCGGUGCAAAGCUCAAGGAGUUGUGUGAUAUCUGCAAUGCCGCUCUCAGCGUCGCUGAAGACGACACAAUCGUGCUCAUUCUGCGCGCACACGGCUGGACUGGGCUCACCUUCGCCGGCGACAAGGUUGCGUCGGCGGCGCCGCUGGCUGACGAGCUGCAGGCGGCGGCAGAGGAGAUGCGGCGAUGCGCAGAGCAGGCCGAGGAGGAGGGCGACGACACAGCAGAUGCACACGGCACCGCCGCGACGAGCGAGCACCUAUCGUCAUCAUCAACAGCAGAAGCGUCAUCAUCAUCAACAACAACAACAACAGCGGCCCAGCCGUCAUCGUCGUCAGGGGAGGGCGAUAGCGGUGCGAGCCGCGUGCUGCGGAUGCGUGCGGAGGAUCAGCGCUGUGAGCGCGAAGAUGCCGUGCCCUCCGGUCUCACGUUCGCCCUCGACAAGAGUCCGUCCAUUGGGCCGCCACACCUGGGGCCCCUCAGGAAACUCUGCAGGGAAAUGGUUGGUGCGCCGGCGGGCACGGCGUUCCCCGGCGCGCAGCCCGUGUCGCUGCUGCAAAGUCAUCUGGAGAAGAUGCGAACAGCGCCCUUCUUCCUCUCCCACAAGGCAGACGGCACACGCUACUUGAUGAUGAUUCUGGGGCCUGGCAAAGUGUACAUGGUUGGGCGCGACAACUCAAUCUUCCCUGUCUCCGGACUGCACUUCCCGACGAGCGGACGAGCGGACCAGCACUGGCAGCAAACCCUCCUCGAUGGGGAGCUUGUGCUUGACACGUGGAACGACAACAAAGACCGCCGUUACCGCUUCUACAUCUUCGACAUCAUCUGCUGCGGCGGCAAGGACUUCACCAAGUACAAGUACCAUCAGCGACUUGAGUCCAUACAAAAACACAUCAUUGCCCCGAGAGAGAAACUGCGGGCGCAGCGGAAACUGGACACGGCGCGUGAGCCAUUUGGCAUCCGCCCCAAGCAGUUCUUCCCGCUGUCUGAGCUUGGCACAGACAAGUGGAACGACUACAUCAAGCACCGCGUCUUUCACAAGACGGACGGGCUGCUGAUGGUUGAGGACGAUCACAAAUACGCGCCGGGCUCGUGCGAGGCGCUGCUCAAGUGGAAGCCGCCCUCAUUAAACUCCAUCGACUUUCUCAUCAAGGUGGAGGAGCAUGGCGAUGUGACGGAAGCGCAGCUUUUGGUGUCGGGACCUGGCGGGGCGAUGGUGCCGUUUACAGACGCGGGUGUGUCGACGUUGGCGGCGAGGAGUGAGGACAAGCGCAGGGUGUUGCGCAGCUACAACGGCAAGAUUGCAGAGUGCACGUGGGUGCCUGCCACAAACAGAUGGCGGGUGAUGCUGAUUCGGCGAGACAAGGACCAUCCAAAUGGAUACAGAACAGCUUCAAGUGUGUGGCGGUCAAUACGUGAGGGCAUCACGGAGCAGCGGCUGUACGAGCUCACGCGGCAGUUACGGCAGCGGCGGGCAACCAAGACGCAUGCCGGCAUGAGUCCCGUUGAUCGCGCCCUCGCACACGCCAUCGACGCUGCAAACGCCUUUGCUGCCGUCCUUGACAAGGCGGAGCAGCCGGGUGCGAAGCGAGCAAAGGUUGAGGGCGGACAGCUGCCGCCACCGCCACUCCUGCGUGCUCUCGCUGCUGUCGCCAGGAUACACGACCAGUACAAGGACGCGUUGGUGCAGUUUGGGUGGCGCAGUGACAACAGCGGAUUUGAGGCGCCCGUGUCCGCCGAUCUCUUGAAACGUCUGGCAGCCAACCUCGCUCGCUUCAUGUCCAAACCUCGCUCAUGACGACACACACACACACAUGCGCGUGUUUGUUUGUUGUGUGUGGUGUGUGGUUGUGUCGUGUGGGUGUGUUGUGUUAACUGCAAUUUCGCUCGGGGCUUUUUUGGGUGUACUGCUUCUAGUGUCACACUGAUCACACCAUGAUUGAAACGAAACCCACAG